CCGUGCGGAAGACGAUUGGUUGGCUACCCUGCCUAAUCUCAGCGCCGAGCGGCUAAGGUUUUGUUCACCAUGUUGGAUGAACAGCUCAUUUCAGUUACCUCGUGACCAAUACUUUUAUCAUGUCACAGGAGCGUCGUGAGCUUGAAGUGUAGAGGAUCAGCCGAGUGACGUUUUUUCCUCAACUGACAGCGUCAAGGCCCAGCGGAACCAACGGAGGCAAUGCUGUUUUUAUGUGGAGAUAGAGAUACCCAUUAGCUAUCUCUGAGUUGUCAGAUUGAAUACCGCUGUCUAGCUCCUGGCGGUAGAUUUUGUCCCACAACAAACGGAUUUAACUUGUUAGUCUGUUUGGAUGCGCGCUUCUGAGCCGUAUUAGGACAGAGUGGGAUACAGAUACACACACACACACAAAGCUGUCGAUGGGGGAAUUACGUUGUCUGCCAGCCGUCUGUGAGGAUUUCUUUUCUCGUGUUUUGAGUCAUGGUCGAAGCUUCGUCACCCUGUCAAACUGAUGGGGGUUUCUUUGGAAGCACGCGGCUCGGUGGAUUGCUAUAAUAAUAUGUGAGUAGGGUGGCUUGCCGAGGCCCGGGCCUGCCUGCCUCUCUGCGCUGCUGUAUUGUAGCCUUGGCUGGGAUACACCUCCUCUGCACCGGAUCAGCAGCGUUAAUUACGACUCUGAGAUUACCUCUGCUAUCAGAGUAGUUGUCUGGCCUGUACACACAUCUGAAGGAGAAUCCAGUUUGGAAUAAUAGAUUGCGAUUUUUAAGCCGUGUGGUGAGAAAAGCAACGUCGCCAGUGUGUGGCAAACUUGGAACACUUAAAAGAUGAAUGCUCUGUUUCCCAUGUGACCUGCUUUAGAUCGCACUAUUUUAUUAAGAGAGGAAGGUGAAUUUUUCCAGGAGGGGAGGUAGAACCAUCUCUGUGAUGAAAUGCCUUUAAGUCUUUUUUCUAUUGAAUAUUUUUGGUUUGUCACUGACAGCAGUGGCACUGUUAAAGCUGCAUAGAUUGUAUGUUUGGGUGGUCCAUUGCCCAUAAUGUGCUCUCCGUCACUAGUUUCAGACUUCAGUAGUCUAAUGGCGUUCUAAAUAGAAAAUUAAUUUAGGGGAAGUGGGGCAAAGCCUAGUUAGUAUUAUGCUAAAACGCCAUAUCAGAUAUCGGAUCAUUUCUGUCAAAGUGAUUGACUUUGGACGCUUAAAGGACAUAAAUUUUCUCUAUGUUUGCCACAAGUUGUAUUAACCGUGGGGUUGCUGUCUGGUUGCCAUUAGUAUCAUUUUGAGAAGCAGUUUGAAAAGGAGGCACUUAAGUAUCAUUGGAUGGCUCUUUGUGGUACAACUGCUGCAAAUGUUACAAAAAUGAUGGCUGCUUACAACGGUGGUUCCUCAGCAGUAGCUGCCCAUCACCCCCAUCACCACCACCACCAGCUCCAGCACCUACCGCCUCCCCACAUGCAUCACCACCACCACCACGCGGGCCAGCACCACUUACAGCACCCGGGCUCAGCCGCUGCUGUGCACACGGUCCAGCAGCACACAUCAACGGCUGCCGCUGCGGCGGUGAUGCUAAACCCCGGACAGCAGCAGCCCUACUUUCCGUCUCCAGCCCCUGGGCAAGCUCCCGGGCCGGCCGCGGCCGCGGCUCCCGCACAGGUCCAAGCGGCUGCAGCAGCCGCUGUCAAAGCUCACCACCACCACCAUCAACAGCAGCAGCAACAACACACGCAUCACUUACAGCAGCAGCUGGAUAUUGAGCCUGACAGACCCAUCGGCUACGGAGCGUUUGGAGUUGUCUGGUCAGUGACAGACCCCAGAGACGGAAAGCGAGUUGCCCUCAAAAAGAUGCCCAAUGUCUUCCAAAACCUUGUUUCUUGUAAGAGGGUAUUUCGUGAGCUGAAGAUGCUGUGCUUCUUCAAACAUGAGAAUGUGCUCUCUGCGCUGGACAUACUACAACCUCCACACAUUGACUACUUUGAAGAAAUCUAUGUGGUAACUGAACUGAUGCAAAGUGACCUCCAUAAGAUCAUUGUAUCACCGCAGCCUCUGAGCUCAGACCAUGCCAAAGUUUUUCUUUAUCAGAUUCUGAGAGGACUUAAGUACCUUCACUCUGCUGGAAUUCUACAUCGAGACAUCAAACCUGGCAACCUCCUCGUCAACAGCAACUGUGUGCUCAAGAUCUGUGAUUUUGGCCUGGCCCGAGUGGAGGAGUCCGAUGAAUCAAGACACAUGACUCAGGAAGUGGUGACACAGUACUACCGAGCUCCAGAAAUCCUCAUGGGGAGCCGCCACUACUCCAACUCAAUUGAUAUCUGGUCUGUAGGCUGCAUCUUUGCUGAGUUGCUAGGGCGACGCAUCCUCUUCCAAGCCCAAAGUCCUAUUCAGCAGCUGGAUUUAAUCACUGACCUGUUGGGGACACCUUCUAUGGAGGCGAUGAGGACGGCAUGUGAAGGCGCUCGUGCACAUAUUCUCAGAGGACCUCACAAACAGAAACAGCACUAUGGACUUGACUGCAAAAGGGACAAGGUUUCUAGCCUGUAAUCACAAUUACAAGUUGGUCCAUUUCAUGUGUGCAUAACACACGCACACAUCUGCGCACUCACAGCCACACGCUAUCCUGUUGUUAGCCUGGAACUCCUCAAUGCAGUGUUAAUUUCGUUGACCAAUAAUUUUCUACAUAGUUUUCUUUUACCCAUUGUUUUUUGACGAAAAAAGAAAACUAAAUAAAAAUGAAUGAAAACAAAAACUAUGAUGAAAGCCAUGAUGAAUAAAAACAAAAUGAAAUGGAGUGUAAGGAUCAGGUCAGAUCUAAUAAAGUUAAUUAUGGAAAAGUAA